AUGUUAUGUUUAUAUUAUGUUUUGCCAAUUAGAAAUACAAAUUCGAUUCCAGUAUUUAAACCCGAAUUUGCUGGAAUGUAUACUCUAAUGGAAUUUUGGAUUGGAGAAUUUAUUCUCGUGAAACUUGCCGUGGAAGAAAUAGAAAAAUUAUUGAAAGAAAUUCCGGCGAAAGAUUUGAAUACGAUGGAAUCCACACUCAAGAAUUCAACUUCUGAACUUAAAGAAAAGCUUAAAAUUGUCAACGAUAUUGAAAAAAAAUUAAAAGAUGAUAAAGAAGACACGCGGGAAGCAUUAACGGAAUUAAAUAAAGUCAGAGUGAGAAUAAUUUGGCUCAUAGAACAAGUGGAAAUCGGCGAAAGAAGAAUCAAAUCAGCCAAAGGUACGAGAGACAAACAAUUUUUGGAAAUGGAAAAACUUCAAUCGCUCCUCGACGAUUUAGAAAAAUGGAUACAGGAUGAGAGAAAAGUAAUUAAAAUUCGCGUUAAUACGAACGACGAAUCGGAAAUAAAUAAAUUAAAUGAUGAUUUGAAGAAAUCGAUGGUUGAAUUGAAAAAUAAAUCCCAAGAUUUAUUACCGGUAUCUAAAAAAUUAGACGAAUUUGAUAAGGAUGUUGAUUUAAUGUCCAUUUCAUCGGCGGUUAAACCCCGAUUGUCAUCAUUACAAAAAGAAUUGGAAACGUUGGAAAAAUUAUUAAGGGAUCGCAUAAAUGAGGUUCAGGACACUCUGAAAUCGAUGAAUGAUAAUAAAAAAAUAAAAGUGAACAAGACUGUCAUCGAUACACCGAGUAAGAAAAUUGUUCAACCCGUAUCGGCAUCUGAAUUAUCAAAACCACCACAGGUUGUAGAAGAAAAAAAGGACAAAGUGGUAAAUUUACCAGGAUCAGGCGACAAAGAAUGCACGGUUAGCCAAACAUCUAUUUCCCACAGCACUGAAUUUAUUGAUCCUUUUAGCAAUGAGCAGUCAAUUUUAGUAAUGCAAAGUCACAAAAAUUCCCAAAAGCCAAAAUGGGAGGACAACUAUUUUGACAAUAAUCCUGACAGUGUAUAUUCUGCUGAACAAGUUUCCCAAAAAGUUAUUGAUUACUUAGAAAUUGAUAAACCUGACGAUCCUACUAUUAAGACAAGAGCGUCCCCCGUGCCAAAAGGAAAUUUCAGCAGUCCAAGAUAUGAAUAUUAUGAAGAAAUAAAAUUUAGAAAUUCUGCAGAAACGACGAAUACAGAUAAUUAUUACAAAAAUACAGAAGGACAAUCACUGAAUUAUCAUCCGGUUGAAUUUAAAGACCAUGAAAAAUUAAUUGACAAUUACACUCUAAAACAAAUUUCAAGUUCACACAAUGUCAAAGAAUUUAGAUACGUAAGAUUUCCUUCAGAAGAAAAACAGCAACAAUUUCUUCAAACUUUCGAAAAAAAUACUGAAGUUAUGCAACCGCAAAGAAAAGUUAAAAAAAUUGUAAUUAUAGACGGAGUUGAAACUGUUGUUGAAGACAAUUUACAAAAUGUAGAUGAAAAAUAUACAACUACGCAUGGAAAACCAAAAAUAAAUGAUAUUCAGAAACCUUCAGUUAUAUCUCCUGAAAAAGAAGAAACUAAAAUAUCUCCUACACAUGAACUUUUACCAACAAUAUUUACCCCAUCGUUUUCAACAACUAUCAAAAAUCAACAACCUGCGUCAAUUCAAAAAUCCAACUUGCGUCCAGAAGCAAAAGAAUUCACUCCUAGCUCUUUUACAGAGGAACCCGUGUCAAAAACAAAACACAUACAUUCGAAACCAGAUAAUUAUAACAUAAAAACAAAAUCAAUGAAAUACGGUUUCAUACCAAGAGAAAGCAUAAUGGAUGAUUUAAUAAAAACAUCCGAAGAAUGGCCCCAACCGGAAAAAAAUAAACAACCUACAAAAUUACCAAAAACAUUUAUAACCGAAAACAUUGAAAAAAAUAAAACCAAAAACAACACAAAGAAGAAAAAAACGAAAAAAAAAUCAGAAGAAGAACACCACGAUACGGAUGAAUCCUCAAACGAUGAACCAGAUGAUAAACACAAACCAGAAGAUAAACUCAAACCGAAAGACAAACACAAACCGGAUGACAAGCAGAAGCCGGAUGAAAAAGUCAAACCUGACGAUAAACGCAAACCGGAUGAUAAACACAAACCAGAUGAUAAACACAAACCUGACGAAAAAGUCAAACCAGACAAAAAAAUCAAACCCGACGACAAACACAAACCGGAAGACAAACACAAACCGGAAAAUAAACACAAACCGGAUGACAAGCAGAAGCCGGAUGAAAAAGUCAAACCUGUCGAUUCGACCAAGGAUUACAUUUUCGUCAAGGAUAAGAAGGAGAAGCCGCCGAAAUACGCUGAUCUAUAUGAAAAAGCUAAACCGGAUGACAAAGACAAACCUGACGAAAAAGUCAAACCCGAUGACAAACACAAACCGGAUGAUAAACACAAACCUGACGAAAAACACAAGCCAGAUGAUAAACAUAAACCUGACGAAAAAGUCAAACCCGAUGAUAAACACAAACCGGAAGACAAACACAAACCGGAUGACAAACACAAACCCGUUGAGUCGUCUAAGGAUUACAUUUACGUUCCUGAUAAAAAAGAGAAAUCACCGAAGUUCGAUAAACCUGAUGAUAAGAAACACAAACCGCAAAAACCGAAGAAAGGCGACAAAGAUCAGCCUUUGGAAGACCUCAAACGAGAAACCUUGUCAUUCAUCAAACACGAACAACCGACGGAUGAACGAUUUACUCCGGAUACCAGAGAUCCAACUCGUACGGUAACAAUCGAAAAGGUUACCAAAAUAAUAACAUACGAAGAGCCGGAUGAGAAAUUAAAAUCGUUACCAAGAAAAGAUAUAGAAUACGUAUUGAAGGAAUCCUUCGAAGACGACGUUGAAAAGAAAUACACGCCGAAAGACAAAAAGGAUAAGAAACACAAGCCAGACGAUAAACACAAACCAGAAGAUAAAGUCAAACCAGAAGAUAAAGUCAAACCGGAAGACAAACACAAACCAGAAGAUAAAGUCAAACCAGAAGAUAAACACAAACCGGACGAGAAAGUCAAACCCGAAGACAAACACAAACGGGAUGACAAGCACAAGCCGGAUGAAAAAGUCAAACCUGUCGAUUCGACCAAGGAUUACAUUUUCGUCAAGGAUAAGAAGGAGAAGUCGCCGAAAUACGCUGAACAUUAUGAAAAAACCAAACCUGAUGAUAAACACAAACCUGACGAUAAAGUCAAACCUGAUGAGAAACACAAACCUGACGAAAAAGUCAAACCCGAUGAUAAACACAAACCGGAAGACAAACACAAACCGGAUGACAAACACAAACCCGUUGAGUCGUCUAAGGAUUACAUUUACGUUCCUGAUAAAAAAGAGAAAUCACCGAAGUUCGAUGAACCUGAUGAUAAGAAACACAAACCGCAAAAACCGAAGAAAGGCGACAAAGAUCAGCCUUUGGAAGACCUCAAACGAGAAACCUUGUCAUUCAUCAAACACGAACAACCGACGGAUGAACGAUUUACUCCGGAUACCAGACAUCCAACUCAAAUACACGCCGACAAAGACAAACCUGAUGAGAAAGACAAACCAGACGACAAACACAAACCGGAUGAUAAACACAAACCUGACGAAAAACACAAACCAGAUGAUAAACACAAACCUGACGAAAAAGUCAAACCCGAUGAUAAACACAAACCGGAAGACAAACACAAACCGGAUGACAAACACAAACCCGUUGAGUCGUCUAAGGAUUACAUUUACGUUCCUGAUAAAAAAGAGAAAUCACCGAAGUUCGAUAAACCUGAUGAUAAGAAACACAAACCGCAAAAACCGAAGAAAGGCGACAAAGAUCAGCCUUUGGAAGACCUCAAACGAGAAACCUUGUCAUUCAUCAAACACGAACAACCGACGGAUGAACGAUUUACUCCGGAUACCAGAGAUCCAACUCGUACGGUAACAAUCGAAAAGGUUACCAAAAUAAUAACAUACGAAGAGCCGGAUGAGAAAUUAAAAUCGUUACCAAGAAAAGAUAUAGAAUACGUAUUGAAGGAAUCCUUCGAAGACGACGUUGAAAAGAAAUACACGCCGAAAGACAAAAAGGAUAAGAAACACAAGCCAGACGAUAAACACAAACCAGAAGAUAAAGUCAAACCGGAAGACAAACACAAACCAGAAGAUAAAGUCAAACCAGAAGAUAAAGUCAAACCGGAAGACAAACACAAACCGGAUGACAAACACAAACCGGAUGACAAACACAAACCAGAAGACAAACACAAACCGGAUGAUAAAGUCAAACCUGUCGAUUCGACCAAGGAUUACAUUUUCGUCAAGGAUAAGAAGGAGAAGUCGCCGAAAUACGCUGAUCUAUAUGAAAAAGCUAAACCGGAUGACAAAGACAAACCUGACGAAAAAGUCAAACCCGAUGAUAAACCCAAACCUGACGAAAAAGUCAAACCCGAUGAUAAACACAAACCUGACGAAAAAGUCAAACCCGAUGAUAAACACAAACCGGAAGACAAACACAAACCGGAUGACAAACACAAACCCGUUGAGUCGUCUAAGGAUUACAUUUACGUUCCUGAUAAAAAAGAGAAAUCACCGAAGUUCGAUGAACCUGAUGAUAAGAAACACAAACCGCAAAAACCGAAGAAAGGCGACAAAGAUCAGCCUUUGGAAGACCUCAAACGAGAAACCUUGUCAUUCAUCAAACACGAACAACCGACGGAUGAACGAUUUACUCCGGAUACCAGAGAUCCAACUCGUACGGUAACAAUCGAAAAGGUUACCAAAAUAAUAACAUACGAAGAGCCGGAUGAGAAAUUAAAAUCGUUACCAAGAAAAGAUAUAGAAUACGUAUUGAAGGAAUCCUUCGAAGACGACGUUGAAAAGAAAUACACGCCGAAAGACAAAAAGGAUAAGAAACACAAGCCAGACGAUAAACACAAACCAGAAGAUAAAGUCAAACCGGAAGACAAACACAAACCAGAAGAUAAAGUCAAACCAGAAGAUAAAGUCAAACCAGAAGAUAAAGUCAAACCGGAAGACAAACACAAACCGGAUGACAAACACAAACCGGAUGACAAACACAAACCAGAAGACAAACACAAACCGGAUGAUAAAGUCAAACCUGUCGAUUCGACCAAGGAUUACAUUUUCGUCAAGGAUAAGAAGGAGAAGUCGCCGAAAUACGCUGAUCUAUAUGAAAAAGCUAAACCGGAUGACAAAGACAAACCUGACGAAAAAGUCAAACCUGACGAAAAAGUCAAACCCGAUGAAAAACACAAACCUGAUGAUAAACACAAACCUGACGAAAAAGUCAAACCCGAUGAUAAACACAAACCGGAAGACAAACACAAACCGGAAGACAAACACAAACCAGAAGAUAAAGUCAAACCAGAAGAUAAAGUCAAACCGGAAGACAAACACAAACCGGAUGACAAACACAAACCAGAAGACAAACACAAACCAGAAGACAAACACAAACCGGAUGAUAAAGUCAAACCUGUCGAUUCGACCAAGGAUUACAUUUUCGUCAAGGAUAAGAAGGAGAAGUCGCCGAAAUACGCUGAUCUUUAUGAAAAAGCUAAACCGGAUGAUAAAGACAAACCUGACGAAAAAGUCAAACCCGAUGAUAAACCCAAACCUGACGAAAAAGUCAAACCCGAUGAUAAACACAAACCUGACGAAAAAGUCAAACCCGAUGAUAAACACAAACCGGAAGACAAACACAAACCGGAUGACAAACAUAAACCCGUUGAGUCGUCUAAGGAUUACAUUUACGUUCCUGAUAAAAAAGAGAAAUCACCGAAGUUCAAUGAACCUGAUGAUAAGAAACACAAACCGCAAAAACCGAAGAAAGGCGACAAAGAUCAGCCUUUGGAAGACCUCAAACGAGAAACCUUGUCAUUCAUCAAACACGAACAACCGACGGAUGAACGAUUUACUCCGGAUACCAGAGAUCCAACUCGUACGGUAACAAUCGAAAAGGUUACCAAAAUAAUAACAUACGAAGAGCCGGAUGAGAAAUUAAAAUCGUUACCAAGAAAAGAUAUAGAAUACGUAUUGAAGGAAUCCUUCGAAGACGACGUUGAAAAGAAAUACACGCCGAAAGACAAAAAGGAUAAGAAACACAAGCCAGACGAUAAACACAAACCAGAAGAUAAAGUCAAACCGGAAGACAAACACAAACCAGAAGAUAAAGUCAAACCAGAAGAUAAAGUCAAACCAGAAGAUAAAGUCAAACCGGAAGACAAACACAAACCGGAUGACAAACACAAACCGGAUGACAAACACAAACCAGAAGACAAACACAAACCGGAUGAUAAAGUCAAACCUGUCGAUUCGACCAAGGAUUACAUUUUCGUCAAGGAUAAGAAGGAGAAGUCGCCGAAAUACGCUGAUCUAUAUGAAAAAGCUAAACCGGAUGACAAAGACAAACCUGACCAAAAAGUCAAACCCGAUGAUAAACCCAAACCUGACGAAAAAGUCAAACCCGAUGAUAAACACAAACCUGACGAAAAAGUCAAACCGGAUGAUAAACACAAACCAGAAGAUAAAGUCAAACCGGAAGACAAAGUCAAACCGGAAGACAAACUCAAACCAGAAGAUAAAGUCAAACCGGAAGACAAACACAAACCGGAUGACAAACACAAACCGGAUGACAAACACAAACCAGAAGACAAACACAAACCGGAUGAUAAAGUCAAACCUGUCGAUUCGACCAAGGAUUACAUUUUCGUCAAGGAUAAGAAGGAGAAGUCGCCGAAAUACGCUGAUCUAUAUGAAAAAGCUAAACCGGAUGACAAAGACAAACCUGACCAAAAAGUCAAACCCGAUGAUAAACCCAAACCUGACGAAAAAGUCAAACCCGAUGAUAAACACAAACCUGACGAAAAAGUCAAACCCGAUGAUAAACACAAACCGGAAGACAAACACAAACCGGAUGACAAACACAAACCCGUUGAGUCGUCUAAGGAUUACAUUUACGUUCCUGAUAAAAAAGAGAAAUCACCGAAGUUCGAUGAACCUGAUGAUAAGAAACACAAACCGCAAAAACCGAAGAAAGGCGACAAAGAUCAGCCUUUGGAAGACCUCAAACGAGAAACCUUGUCAUUCAUCAAACACGAACAACCGACGGAUGAACGAUUUACUCCGGAUACCAGAGAUCCAACUCGUACGGUAACAAUCGAAAAGGUUACCAAAAUAAUAACAUACGAAGAGCCGGAUGAGAAAUUAAAAUCGUUACCAAGAAAAGAUAUAGAAUACGUAUUGAAGGAAUCCUUCGAAGACGACGUUGAAAAGAAAUACACGCCGAAAGACAAAAAGGAUAAGAAACACAAGCCAGAAGAUAAAGUCAAACCGGAAGACAAACACAAACCAGAAGAUAAAGUCAAACCAGAAGAUAAAGUCAAACCGGAAGACAAACACAAACCGGAUGACAAACACAAACCGGAUGACAAACACAAACCAGAAGACAAACACAAACCGGAUGAUAAAGUCAAACCUGUCGAUUCGACCAAGGAUUACAUUUUCGUCAAGGAUAAGAAGGAGAAGUCGCCGAAAUACGCUGAUCUAUAUGAAAAAGCUAAACCGGAUGACAAAGACAAACCUGACGAAAAAGUCAAACCCGAUGAUAAACCCAAACCUGACGAAAAAGUCAAACCCGAUGAUAAACACAAACCUGACGAAAAAGUCAAACCCGAUGAUAAACACAAACCGGAAGACAAACACAAACCGGAAGACAAACAUAAACCCGUUGAGUCGUCUAAGGAUUACAUUUACGUUCCUGAUAAAAAAGAGAAAUCACCGAAGUUCAAUGAACCUGAUGAUAAGAAACACAAACCGCAAAAACCGAAGAAAGGCGACAAAGAUCAGCCUUUGGAAGACCUCAAACGAGAAACCUUGUCAUUCAUCAAACACGAACAACCGACGGAUGAACGAUUUACUCCGGAUACCAGAGAUCCAACUCGUACGGUAACAAUCGAAAAGGUUACCAAAAUAAUAACAUACGAAGAGCCGGAUGAGAAAUUAAAAUCGUUACCAAGAAAAGAUAUAGAAUACGUAUUGAAGGAAUCCUUCGAAGACGACGUUGAAAAGAAAUACACGCCGAAAGACAAAAAGGAUAAGAAACACAAGCCAGAAGAUAAACACAAACCAGAAGAUAAACUCAAACCAGAAGACAAACACAAACCAGAAGAUAAACACAAACCUGACGAAAAAGUCAAACCCGAUGAUAAACACAAACCGGAAGACAAACACAAACCGGAAGACAAACAUAAACCCGUUGAGUCGUCUAAGGAUUACAUUUACGUUCCUGAUAAAAAAGAGAAAUCACCGAAGUUCAAUGAACCUGAUGAUAAGAAACACAAACCGCAAAAACCGAAGAAAGGCGACAAAGAUCAGCCUUUGGAAGACCUCAAACGAGAAACCUUGUCAUUCAUCAAACACGAACAACCGACGGAUGAACGAUUUACUCCGGAUACCAGAGAUCCAACUCGUACGGUAACAAUCGAAAAGGUUACCAAAAUAAUAACAUACGAAGAGCCGGAUGAGAAAUUAAAAUCGUUACCAAGAAAAGAUAUAGAAUACGUAUUGAAGGAAUCCUUCGAAGACGACGUUGAAAAGAAAUACACGCCGAAAGACAAAAAGGAUAAGAAACACAAGCCAGAAGAUAAAGUCAAACCGGAAGACAAACACAAACCAGAAGAUAAAGUCAAACCAGAAGAUAAAGUCAAACCGGAAGACAAACACAAACCGGAUGACAAACACAAACCGGAUGACAAACACAAACCAGAAGACAAACACAAACCGGAUGAUAAAGUCAAACCUGUCGAUUCGACCAAGGAUUACAUUUUCGUCAAGGAUAAGAAGGAGAAGUCGCCGAAAUACGCUGAACUUUAUGAAAAAGCUAAACCGGAUGACAAAGACAAACCUGACGAAAAAGUCAAACCUGAUGAUAAACCCAAACCUGACGAAAAAGUCAAACCCGAUGAUAAACACAAACCUGACGAAAAAGUCAAACCCGAUGAUAAACACAAACCGGAAGACAAACACAAACCGGAAGACAAACAUAAACCCGUUGAGUCGUCUAAGGAUUACAUUUACGUUCCUGAUAAAAAAGAGAAAUCACCGAAGUUCAAUGAACCUGAUGAUAAGAAACACAAACCGCAAAAACCGAAGAAAGGCGACAAAGAUCAGCCUUUGGAAGACCUCAAACGAGAAACCUUGUCAUUCAUCAAACACGAACAACCGACGGAUGAACGAUUUACUCCGGAUACCAGAGAUCCAACUCGUACGGUAACAAUCGAAAAGGUUACCAAAAUAAUAACAUACGAAGAGCCGGAUGAGAAAUUAAAAUCGUUACCAAGAAAAGAUAUAGAAUACGUAUUGAAGGAAUCCUUCGAAGACGACGUUGAAAAGAAAUACACGCCGAAAGACAAAAAGGAUAAGAAACACAAGCCAGACGAUAAACACAAACCAGAAGAUAAAGUCAAACCGGAAGACAAACACAAACCAGAAGAUAAAGUCAAACCAGAAGAUAAAGUCAAACCAGAAGAUAAAGUCAAACCGGAAGACAAACACAAACCGGAUGACAAACACAAACCGGAUGACAAACACAAACCAGAAGACAAACACAAACCGGAUGAUAAAGUCAAACCUGUCGAUUCGACCAAGGAUUACAUUUUCGUCAAGGAUAAGAAGGAGAAGUCGCCGAAAUACGCUGAUCUAUAUGAAAAAGCUAAACCGGAUGACAAAGACAAACCUGACGAAAAAGUCAAACCUGACGAAAAAGUCAAACCCGAUGAAAAACACAAACCUGAUGAUAAACACAAACCUGACGAAAAAGUCAAACCCGAUGAUAAACACAAACCAGAAGAUAAAGUCAAACCGGAAGACAAACACAAACCAGAAGAUAAAGUCAAACCAGAAGAUAAAGUCAAACCGGAAGACAAACACAAACCAGAAGAUAAAGUCAAACCAGAAGAUAAAGUCAAACCAGAAGACAAACACAAACCGGAUGAUAAAGUCAAACCUGUCGAUUCGACCAAGGAUUACAUUUUCGUCAAGGAUAAGAAGGAGAAGUCGCCGAAAUACGCUGAUCUAUAUGAAAAAGCUAAACCGGAUGACAAAGACAAACCUGACGAAAAAGUCAAACCCGAUGAAAAACACAAACCUGAUGAUAAACACAAACCUGACGAAAAAGUCAAACCCGAUGAUAAACACAAACCGGAAGACAAACACAAACCGGAAGACAAACAUAAACCCGUUGAGUCGUCUAAGGAUUACAUUUACGUUCCUGAUAAAAAAGAGAAAUCACCGAAGUUCGAUGAACCUGAUGAUAAGAAACACAAACCGCAAAAACCGAAGAAAGGCGACAAAGAUCAGCCUUUGGAAGACCUCAAACGAGAAACCUUGUCAUUCAUCAAACACGAACAACCGACGGAUGAACGAUUUACUCCGGAUACCAGAGAUCCAACUCGUACGGUAACAAUCGAAAAGGUUACCAAAAUAAUAACAUACGAAGAGCCGGAUGAGAAAUUAAAAUCGUUACCAAGAAAAGAUAUAGAAUACGUAUUGAAGGAAUCCUUCGAAGACGACGUUGAAAAGAAAUACACGCCGAAAGACAAAAAGGAUAAGAAACACAAGCCAGACGAUAAACACAAACCAGAAGAUAAAGUCAAACCGGAAGACAAACACAAACCAGAAGAUAAAGUCAAACCAGAAGAUAAAGUCAAACCGGAAGACAAACACAAACCGGAUGACAAACACAAACCGGAUGACAAACACAAACCAGAAGACAAACACAAACCGGAUGAUAAAGUCAAACCUGUCGAUUCGACCAAGGAUUACAUUUUCGUCAAGGAUAAGAAGGAGAAGUCGCCGAAAUACGCUGAUCUAUAUGAAAAAGCUAAACCGGAUGACAAAGACAAACCUGACGAAAAAGUCAAACCCGAUGAUAAACCCAAACCUGACGAAAAAGUCAAACCCGAUGAUAAACACAAACCUGACGAAAAAGUCAAACCCGAUGAUAAACACAAACCGGAAGACAAACACAAACCGGAAGACAAACAUAAACCCGUUGAGUCGUCUAAGGAUUACAUUUACGUUCCUGAUAAAAAAGAGAAAUCACCGAAGUUCGAUGAACCUGAUGAUAAGAAACACAAACCGCAAAAACCGAAGAAAGGCGACAAAGAUCAGCCUUUGGAAGACCUCAAACGAGAAACCUUGUCAUUCAUCAAACACGAACAACCGACGGAUGAACGAUUUACUCCGGAUACCAGAGAUCCAACUCGUACGGUAACAAUCGAAAAGGUUACCAAAAUAAUAACAUACGAAGAGCCGGAUGAGAAAUUAAAAUCGUUACCAAGAAAAGAUAUAGAAUACGUAUUGAAGGAAUCCUUCGAAGACGACGUUGAAAAGAAAUACACGCCGAAAGACAAAAAGGAUAAGAAACACAAGCCAGACGAUAAACAUAAACCAGAAGAUAAAGUCAAACCGGAAGACAAACACAAACCAGAAGAUAAAAUCAAACCGGAUGAAAAAUUUAAACCGAGUGACAGGCAUAAACCGGAAGCUAAACGUAAACGUUUUGAAAAAGUGAUUUCUGGUGAUACAUCAAACGUUCCUGAAAAUAAAUCUGAUAAGGAACAUGAUUAUCCAAAAUCUAGUGGUAUAGGUUUUACUAAGGAUAGCUUUGCUGACGUUGUUAAAAGGGAUAGACGAAAUGUGGGCGAUACGAGUAAUGAUACUGUUAAUGAUCCUACAUUUAUUGAUGAUAAUGACAGAAGUCAAGUUCACGAUCCGUCUGAAAAUGAUUCAAAAUCAUUUGCUGGUUCUCUCUUUUCGGCUGCUAAGAAAAUGUUUGGUUUUCCUUUUAACAAAAAGCAGUUGGAUUCACCUGAUACAUCUAAAAACAAUUUCUCCGAUGUUGGUAGUGAUUUAGGUAGAAAUAUUCCUUCUGAAAGUUCUUCAGUUUCUGAUGUUAGUGACAAAAUUAUUAGUGAUGUUCCUUUGGUGUCCAACACAAUGACUUCAACAGACGAUUCUCACGUUUCUAGUUUAAAACUUUCCUUUGAUCCCGCUCCUAGUAAACCGCUUUCAGAUUCACAGCUUGGAGUGUCUUCUGCACUUAUAGUUCAUGAUCUAAAAUUUGAAUCAAAGGAUCCUGUCGUCGAAAAAACUACUGAAGAAAAAUUGAUUAAAGAUACCAAAAUUCAUUCUUCACCUUCAACUUAUACGGACACACAAGUACAAACAACCUCUCCGGAAAGAUCAUAUCGAGACGUUGUUAAACUUCAUAAAAUUAUUCAAACAAAAGGAUUAAAUACUGCGGAUGAAGGAGUACAAACCACUUCUCCGGAUUCUCUCGAUAGCACUUUUGUUUCGGAAAAUAUAAAACCUUCCACAGAAGAAAAACCGUCGGAUAAAUAUGUAACAUCGGAAAAAUAUCAGCAAACAACUGUUUCUAAAGCUCCAACAGCAUCGGCAUAUUCUCAAACGUCACCCCUUUCUUCAUUAACUGAAAAAGAAAUUCACGAACCGCGAGAAGAAGGUACACGACCUAAAAAGAUAAACGUUGAAAAGAAAUUCGAAAAUGAAUUUAUUGAUCAAGAAAAAAUUCAAGGAGAAAGUUAUAUGGGAGAACCUUUCAAUGUUUCAGUCACAACCAAAGUUUCAGUUAAUCGUCCAAGUGAUUCAACAACUGAAAAAGCUAAUCUUUUUAUCGAUCACGAAAAAUCAAUUGAUAACAGUGGUGGUCAAUUACCAAAAGAUCGUAAGGAAAAAGAUAAAAAGGCAAAAAAACCUUUUGAAAAAGUAGAAAAAAUGGAGGAACCAAAGUCAAAAGAAGAUCCUACUUUGUUAAACCAGGCAUCUGCGUUCACUCCCGAUGAUGAUGAUACCAUUAGGAAAAUUACGAAAACUGAUGAUAAAGUUGAUUCAACGGAUUCGGAUCGUAAAUUAUUUGUUGAUAAAUUUAUUGAUUCGGAAAAGGAAUCUAACCAAAAGGAUAAAAAUAAGAAAAAACCAUCAGUCGAUGUUAAAGUGAAAAAAUCCGGAGAUUCGCCCGCGGAAAAGGGUUUGGAUGAUAAGAAAAAAGGAGACGACACCAUCGAUUUUAUAAAGUCAGAAAAAUUUAAAAGUCCAGAUUUGGAAGACCAGAAAGGUGUUUACAUUUCAAAUGUUUCAAAAAUCGGAAAAGAACGUUUUAAAAAAAUAAAAGAUUUAAAAAAUCGAACUCGAGGAUUAAACUGGUAUCCGGACACUUCCGAGAGCGUCGAUCCUUUGAAAUCAUUAAAAGAUGACAUUCAACAAUUAGAGGAUGCAAUUGCGAGAAAUGAAAAUGAAGAAAUUCAAAUUGUCCUCAUUUAUUUUAUAAAAAAUAUCAAUUAUUGGUUGGAAACGAUUGAAAAUAGAAUUUUACAAAGUCGUUUCGAUACCACAGAAGGACCGAACCGUGAUAAACUUAACGAUGCAAAAUCUGUUAAAGAAGAAAUUAUUUUCCUCAGGACUAGCGUUGAUAAUUUACUUAAAAAAAUUAAUAAAAUGCCCAACGUUACGGAAUCCGAUAAUAAUAUUUAUUGGGUGAAAAUUUAUCUGGAAGAAAUAGAACCGCAGAUAACAUCAAUUAAAGAAGUAACCGAAACGGAAGGGAAAAAAGUUGCCGAUGAAUUAAGUCGAUGGGAAGAAUUCUUAAAUAGUGUCAAUAACUUAUCCGUCAUCGUGGAAGAAUCGAAACAAAAUUUUGAAUCUCUUUUAGAUUCGGACGAAACGACAAAUGCCAAAUUGAAAGAAUUUGAAAAAAUUGAUAAAGCCAAUAAAGAAAACAUUGAAAAUGCCGAAAAAUUACUUAAUCAAGCUAAAGAUUGGGCAAAAGACUAUCAGAAUUUGGAAAUCCCCUUCGAAGUAUACACCACUUACGAAACGGCCAAAAAUAUAGAGAAUAACUUAAACGCGGAAAAAGAAAGACUUUUACAAUUGUUAAGCUUAGCCGAUGAAUACGAGCAAACAUUAAAAGAAUUUGCACAAAUUAUCGAAGUGGCUGAUAAUUUAGUCGAGAGUCCGAUAACAAUAACUAGUUUAAAUCACCUUCAGGAAGAAAUGCAAAAACAUAGGAAAUUUUUUGUUAAUCUGAGUCAUUGCAGAGCCAUUCUCGAAAGUCUGGAAAGCAAUUUGGACGAGGAAACAAAAGGUGCGCAUAAUGAACUACAUAGUAAACUUCAUUCGAAAGCUAGCACUAUUUUAGACAAAGCCGCAUCUCGUGCUCAACAAAUGGCCAUGGCUGCAAGUAAAUGGACGAUAUUAGAUAAAGGAGUAAGAAAAGAACAACAAUGGCUACAAGUCGUUCAUCAAAGAAUGCCCGAUCUUCAACAAGUUAUUUCUUCGGAUUACGAUCAAUAUAUAUCUUUAUAUCAAUCAUUGGCAUCGGAUACCGCGAAUCAUCACAGUAAAAUUUUACAAUUGAUCGAUGUAGCCAACAAGUUACAAGAUGUUAUUACGUGCGUCGGUUUGGAAAAAUUUUACGAUGAUUAUCUUAACAUAAUUGUAACACUUCAAGAAGAAAUCAGUAACAAUUUGGAAAAACUCUUGGCGUUCCAGGAAACUUGGACUCUUUACAAAUUGUUAACGAACAAAUUGGAUUCUUGGAUGAAAACUGCAGAAAAAGAUUUGAAGGAUUUUAAAUCGAAAUCGAAGAGAACGAGCAUGAGACAAUUUUGGGAAUUGAAAGCUCAAUUUGAGGUACACAACCGUAUGAGAAAUGAAAUUGGUGUCAAUUUUGAAAAUGCCAUUCAAUUGCUUCCAAUAUCGGAUGAAAUGAUUCAAAGGGAAAUUUUAGGAAAAUUAGAAAACAGAUGGAAACAAUUGGAAUGUGAAAUAAAAAGCAUUCAAGAAUCCGCUGUUGCGGAUCUAUCAUCUCAAGAUGUAUCGACAAAUGAAAAAUUAAAAUUAUUAGAAAAAGAAUUAAACGAAUUAAAUGACACGGUCGAUGAUCUUCACGGUAUAAUAAAAACCGACGAAGAAUUAAAUUUAUACAUUGAACGAAUUCAGAUUUUGAACGAGCGACUUUACGCGAUUCAAGAAGAAUUGGGAAGGCUCGGAUUGAUGCCUGCAACCGAAUCUGAAAAAGUCGGAUAUUUAUUUGGGUUAGCGAGUCGACUCGAUCAACAAAUAAGUGCAGAACUCAACGAAUCGAAUCUUUUACGAGAAAAACUUAUAGUUCUUAAUAAAGGGUUGGAAAAAGUUAAGAGACAUCAAUAUUCGCUGUCGUCAACUUUAGAACAAUGCGGAACGGCUGAGUCUAUGUCGUCGGAAGUAGUCGAGCAAGCUGUCAACACUUGCGAAAAUAUAACAAUGGAAUUAUCUGAUCAAUGGCAGGAUAUGAUGGAACUUCGUCAAAUUCUUCAUAACUUACCGAUGAAGUUAAGAUUGUCCGUAUCGCCUAUCAAAAUCGAAAGGGAAAUCAGUCAUUUACAAGAAAUGCAUGCAGUGCUGGAAGAACGAUGCAACGGAUUACUUCAUCUUCUUAAACACCGAUUGGGAAUGUGGAAAAAAUACGAAAAACAACUGGAAAAAGUACAGAAAAAUAUCCAAGAAACGGAAUGCAUGGUCGAACUAUUGAGUCUUCAGGGUUCGAUCGAUUUGGAAAGAUUACAAACUUCCGUUGAUAAGCUUAAGGACCUUCAAGAUUCCGUUGGAAAACGAGAAGAUUUAAUUUCCGAAUUAAAACAAUUUGCCGAACCUUUGGCAAAUUCUUGCGAUCCGGAAGUUGCCGCACAACUUAAAUCGCAGCUCGAGGAAACGGAAACGGCGUGGAAUAACACGAGGAAAAACUUGCAGGAAACUGCAAAUAAGUAUAAAAAAGCCGUCAAAUUGUGGAAAAGUUAUCGGCAAGCGAGAGACGACAUUAAAAAAUGGAUCGAAGAACAAACGGAAACGUUGAAUCUUUUACAAAAUAAUCCGGAAAAUGCGACGUCACAAAUUAAGGAAUGCAAAGAAACAUUGGCAAAUCAAAAAGCAAAAUUGGAAGAAUUGAAAAAACUCGUUUCACAAAUAGCAACGGAUAUCGGAUUAGAUUCUGAAGGAUUUUUAGAAUACGAAGUUAAAGAUCUUGGAAAACGUUUGGAUGAUGUUAAAGAAACUCUCACGACGAUAUCAUCAUCGGCCGAAUCAAAUGCAAAAGGGAAAAAUGUUUGCAACGAUGAACUUAAUAAAGCGAAAAAAUUUUUAAAUUCUGUUCAAGAAAGUUUACGGAUUGUUGGAGAUGAUGACACUGAAAAUUCUGUUUCCACGUUAAGAGAUCAUUUGAUUGCACUCGGUAAAACCGAAAGUCAUGUGCAAACCGUUAAAGAUAAAUCAAUUGAAAUGAAUGAAAAACCGCACGAAAUUAAAAGUGAAAAUUCUGUUGUUGAAAUAUUAAAAUUAUGGCAACAAGUUUUCCGGGAAACGUUUCAACAGUAUUAUAGGUUAUCCGCCAAAUUGGUGAAAAGUCAAGAUGGCGCAGCCGCAUUGCAACUCUGGCAAGAAUACCUUCAUCACGUUCAAACAUUUUUGGCCGGAAUAUUGCCGGAAGAUUACGAUGGACUCCGUGAAACUCAAAGAUUAUGCGAAGUUCAUCAGAAUCUGUUAACUAGCCAGCAAUCCGUUUUACUUUCCAGACAAGAUGAUCCCGCGAUAAAAGAUUUCUCUCAGACACUCCAAGAGCAAUUCAAUUCUCUUGCGAAUUUACAUAACGAAACUUUGACGCGAAUCAUGGACAGGCAUAACGAGGUCAACAAACGACUUAAAUUAUGGGACGUAUAUCGAUUGGAUCAAACUAAAUUAUUGUCGUGGCUUCGGGAUAUGUCGAGAGAUCAAUCCAGACUUCAACUUCGUUACAUUCACUUAAGACGUCUUCCUAAGCUUAUGGAACAAAUAGAUUUAUUACUUUCAAAAGUUCCACAAGGGAAAAACCUCGUUAAAGACUUGCAAAAGCAACAAAAAGACAUAUUAAAAUUUUGUGAUGAACCAUUGGCAACGUCCAUUAAAAUGGAAUCCGAAGCAACAUCUAAAAGGAUCAAUAAUUUAGAGGCUGGAUUGAAAUCGUGGAAAGACUUUUUAAAUCGAACACAAGAUUUAAAUAAAAAUUACGAAAAGGAAAUGGAAAUAGUUGAAAAGAUAUGCGACGAAGUGACGGAUAAACUCACACUUCCUGCUCCCGUUUCAUUUUCCGCCAUUCAAUCUCGAUUAGAUCUUUACCGCGAUUUGAAAAAUCGAGUAUCCAACUUGACUAAAAAUAUCGAAGCUGCGGGUGUUACGUACGAUCAGUUAAAAGAAUGUCUCAGUCCACACGAUAUGAAAAUACUCUCGCAGAGACUUUGGCUCAUGUCACAAAGACAAGGAGAUUUAGAACAUCAUUUAUUGUUGCAAAUUUUAUGGUUGGAAGAUCGGUUAGAAACUCAACAAGCUUUUAAUCUUCGUCAAGCGAGAUUUAUGAAUUGGGCCAAUGAUUUAACAACAAGAUUUGAGAAAAAUUCUUCUUUGGAUUCAACGAAUAGACUUUUAGAUUUUGAAACAAAAGCAAAAAGAUUAGAAGCCGAAGUGCAAAUCGAAAUGAAUUUGAAAAACCGAGAAUACAACGCUCUUCAACAAAUGGCGGACAGCAUAAUCGAUUUAUCUAAAGGAGAUGGUCCGGCAAGAGGAAAAAUGAAACCUCCGGAUCAAAAUAGAAUCGAUUAUGAGAUUAUGAAAGCUGAUGUCAAGAAGAAAAUGGAUGAGGUCAAUAAGAAAUGGAAUCAUUUGAAAAAUUUAAAAUGUUUGAGAUUGGAAAAGAAAUCGAAAUUAACGUCAACGAUGAAAGAUCUUCUCAAACGAAUGAAUGACAUCAAAGAAUGGUUGACUGUCAUUGAAGGAAAACUCGAAGAGCCGUACACGGUUGAAAAAUGUUCUAAAAAAUGCAUCGACAAGCUUCUCAAAGAACACGAAGUCGUUCAAACGGAAAUAGAAAAUCAAAGCGGAAACGUGGGCGAAGUCUUAAAUCUCUGCGAAUUGUUCGUCAACGACACGUCUGCCGAAGCCAACGGCAUCGAUACGAAUGAAUUAGAAUCUCUUCAAAAAGCUUUGGAAAAAAGGUGGAAGGCAGUUUGCCUGUCGUCUACCGAAAAGAAAAGUCGAAUUAUCGGAAUUUGGGAACUUUUAUUACAAUUGUCAAAAAUAUGCAAAGAACAAGAAAAAUGGAUAGAAGAAAGAGAGAACUCAUUGAAAAAAUUAAAUUCUCAAUUGAAAAACAUAAAAAUAAAUGACAUUCCACAGUUUUUAACUCUUGUAGAAAAUGAAAAACAAGAGCUUGAAUCGAAAGCUCCUGCUCUUAAAAUAUUAGAUGCCUCGUAUUCGAAACUAGCGCAAGAAAGUAGGCUUUCACCUGAUAACAUAAAACAAUUAGCGGGAUCCGCCAAGACUUUGAUAAUUAAAUGGCACGAUUUACACAAGGAUUUGAAAGAUAUAAUGGGCAAAACAUCGAAGAUAAAUAGAAUAAGAGAUAAUUUUAUUAAAAAUUAUAAAAAUUCCAUCGCUCUCCUAACGAACAUAUCAGCUAAAUUGAUUCAAGCCGAACUCAUACAAAACCCUAAGAAAAAAAUGAAAAAAGUCAACGAAUUGGAAAAAGAAUUGGAAAAAGAAAAUGUUUGCCUUCGUAAAGCAGACGAAACAGGAUUAGAGCUCAUGAAAUUAUUCCCCGAAGAACAGCAAAAUAUAUCAGUGACGCAAAUGAUGAUUGAUGAAUAUCAGAUCAUGUGGAAAGAUCUUAGAGAAAGAUUUGCCGAUGUUAGCAUCCCUAACCUUUUUUUGUUUUAUAGGAAUAAAUGUAUCAAGAGCGUUGAAUCCAAAGACGUACAGGUUUCGACGUUGGCUUUUGAAACGGAUUCAGAAGUACAAGUUGACACUCUACCACAUUUGGAAAGGUUAACAUCGAGGGACGCUUACGGUUUGGAAUUAGAUGCCGCAUUGAAAGAAUGCGAUGAUAAUUUGAAAGGUCUUGAAAAAAUAUUGGAUUCGUCCGAUGGAGAAUCCAGCGGAAAAAUCUUAACACACAAUGCUUUGGCGAGAAUUAUAGCGACGUGCACAUCAUCAAUUGAAUUGGUCGGUCAUUUGAAUCAAACAUUACUCGAACAUUGCGGUUUGAAUAAUUUGGAAGCGAGAACGCCUCAAGUGAAUGAAUUGACGUUGAAAUUUACUCAACUUUUACAAAAAGCACGUGAACGAGAAAAGCAACUCAGAGAAGCCAGUGAAAGAGGUAGAUUAACUUGUCCGAUAUGUUCCAAACGAAAUUGGCAACAACUCGAAAACGAUUUAUGGCGUUUGGAACAAUGGGUUCAAUAUGCCGAAGCGAUUCAAGGUAACCGACCAGCUUUACCAUCCAGCAUCGAAUCUCUCGAAGAUGUCAUACAAGAUCACAAAGAACUUCUCAUCGAUUUGGACAGUCACAAGAGCAUAUUCGUCGCAUUGAACAUAGUCGGAGAUCAUUUGGCGGAUCACGUUGGAGACGUUGAAAAAGCUCGGAUUUUACGUCAAAAACUUAAAGCUCUAAGUCUCAGGUGGGAUAAAAUAUGUUCGCAAGCUAGUCAUUGGCAAAGAAAACUUCAAGAAGCUUUAAUAGACAAUCCGGAAUUCCACGACACGAUAGAUGAUCUUGUUAAAUGCAUCGAUAAUGCCGAAAUGGUUAUUAAAAAUUCAGAACCCGUUGAUCUUGCCCAGGAUAAAAUCAUUAUCGAAACUCAAUACCGAAAGUAUAAGAUGCUGAGCCGAGAGCUUGAAAGAUGCGAACCAAAAGUUCAAUCACUACAAGAUGCUGCCAUACAAGUCCUUGGAAAAGAUAGUUCGGCGAGAGAACGUUUGAACGUUCUUCGUCUUCGUUUGAUGGGAAUGAGGCGACUUAUAAAAGUCUACCUCCUUCGUUUGGGAGCCGUUUUAGGAAACGAAUACACGGAAGCUCUCGAUCAGGCAUUAAUGAGCCUUUCUCAAGAGAUGCUCGCCGGAGCGGAAGGAAGUCAGAUUCCAUCAUCAAGCACUGCACGUUCCGAUGGAGAUGGAGAUAUUGAUGCAACAGGUUUAAGAAGAGGUCUAAGAUUUUUAGGAAGAGUUUUCCGAGCAUCUCUACCUAUACAAGCUCUCAUGUUGGUCAUAUUAGGAGCUGCAGCACUUAUACCAGAUGAAUAUUAUAGUUGUGCCUUUUCGAAUAGUGCUACGUUACGCUCAUAUUAUCUAAACGGACCUCCACCAAUAUUGCUUAAAAAAUAA